UUUAUUUUUGUAUAUUAAAAAUGAGCCAUCACAGCUAUAAUAAAAAUAGAAAUAAAAUGCGAUCUAAUGCAGACGAUUCAAAUAAUUGGAGGAUACGGAAUACUAAUGUUAAUUUAUCUCCCAGUUGUUCAAGUAAUAACCAGCGAUCAUCAACUGAUAAUGAUAGUUUAACUAAUGAUUGGCAGCAACAACAAGAAGAUAAUACAAAACAGAAUAAUAAUUGGAAACACAAAAGUUUUAAUCAAAGGAAUAACAAUUGGCAAAAAAAUAAUUCAAGUAGUAGACGUAGACGAUCGAUACAAAUUAUUUCAAUUGACGAUCUUGCUCCACCUAUAAGUCAUUUAAAUAAGAGGAAGAAUAAUAAUGAAGCACAAAAGCAGUUAAAAGUAGAAUCCGUCGAUCCGUUAUCUCAACUCCCUAUGGAAUCAGCAAAAGAUAGCAUUCAUGCCUUUGAAAGACCAGCUAUAUCACCUCAAAUAAGCCCAGAUACAAAUGUGUUGAAUGAUGAGCCCAAUAGAUGGGUACAAUUUGCUAAAAGUCAUGAGGACAUAUCAAUUCAAGGGUCUGAUUCAUCUAAUAUCAAUAAACAACAGAAUGAAACUGUUGACGCAAAUGAAAAUUGGCGUGCGCACGCUUUAAAAGUAACGUCUCAAGAACCAUCCAAAUAUAUACAUCCAGAAGAUAAAAAUAACUUGGGCAGAAAAGAAUUGUUCAAACCCUAUUGGAAUCCUCUGGAGGUUGAAAAGGGGCUUCAAAACAAGACGCUUUAUCAGGGUAUUGUUCGAUUUUCUAAAAAUAGAACAGAUGCUUAUGUUGUUUGCGAUGCGCUUGACCAUGAUAUUUACAUUGGUGGACUUGCAAAUCGUAAUCGCGCUUUACCUGGUGACUUGGUGGCAGUUGAGUUAUUAGAUGUUGAAACAGCUUGGGAGGAACGAAAAGUACGCGAACAGAAGAAAGCAGAUGAUCGUAAUGCUAGAUUAGAUCAGCCCGUUGUAGAAGAAAAAGCGAUAAUGAAUGAAGAGGUUAAGUUAGUAGGAGAAGAAGAGGAGGAAGAAAACGAAGAAGAACAGAAACCAAAGUAUUGUGGUCAUAUUGUUAGCAUUAUUUCAAGGCCUCCUAACACCACCUAUGUUGGUGUUAUCACUCUUGAACGAUUUUCGUUUCAAAAGAAUAAUAAUAAUAAUAAUAGUGAACCAUUUGAUGAACAGCAAGAUAAUAGUGCAUAUACUAGUACAAAAGAACAACCACGAUUAGCUUGGUUUAAGCCAAAUGAUAAGCGCAUACCUUUCAUUGCCCUCAGAGGUCGUGAUAUUCCUCGAUUUUUAGUGAAUAAUGAAGAAUAUUUUAAGACACAUUUGUUUUCGGCAGAGAUUCGACGUUGGCUUAUUAGUGAUGUCAGCCCUUCAGGAAGAAUUAUAAAAGAAUUAGGUCCUUUAGGAGAUUUAAUGACUGAACGAGAUGCUAUCUUAGCAGAUAACAGUAUUAUUCAGACUCCAUUUAGUCCAGUAGCUCUUCAAUGUUUACCUGAAACACCAUGGGCUAUACCAGAAAUUGAAUAUAAAAAAAGACGUGAUUUACGUUCUGAACGUAUAUUUUCGAUUGAUCCACAGACAGCUAAAGAUCUUGAUGAUGCACUUCAUGUGAAAGAAUUAUCAGAUGGUUAUUUUGAAGUGGGUGUCCAUAUUGCUGAUGUAUCUUACUUUUUGAAACGACAUACGCCAUUAGAUUCCGAAGCUUGUAUGAGGGGCACAAGUACUUAUUUAGUAGAUAGUGUUAUACCUAUGUUACCACCAUUAUUAUGUGAAGAACUAUGCAGUUUAAACCCUGGUGUUGAAAGAUUGGCAUUUUCUGUUAUUUGGAAAAUGGAUAAAUACGGUAAGCCAGUUGAUACUUGGUAUGGAAAAACGAUUAUCAAAUCUUGUGCAAAACUUGCAUACGAGGACGCUCAAAAGGUGAUUGAGGGCUUUGAAAUGGGGCCUCAAGUAAUUAUUCAUGGUGGUCAUCAAAUACAUUCAAUUUGCAAUGAUAUCUUUAUUCUUCACCGACUUGCAACAGAGAUGCGCAAAAGACGAUAUAAAAAUGGUGCACUUUCAUUAAAUUCUGUCAAACUUCAAUUUGAACUCAAUGAAGUAGGAGAGCCGAUUUCAGUCUCACAAUACGAAAGUAAAGAAGCUAACAAGCUUAUUGAAGAAUUCAUGUUAUGUGCCAAUAUUAGUGUAGCGAAAAAAAUUUUGAGUGUUUAUCCAGAUGAAUCAUUAUUAAGAAGACAUGAAGACCCACUUGAAAGAAGACUUAAUCAAUUCAUUAAAAUAACAGAAGUGUUAGGACUCGAUUUUGACGCUUAUAGCGCUGGCUCGCUUCAAGAAUCUUUUGAAAAGAUCAAUAAUAAGGUUGUUAGAGAUGUUUUAUUAGUAUUGGCUAUUCGAACCAUGCAACGAGCAAAAUACUUUUGUUCAGGCUCUAUCGAUUUUAGUAAAUACUAUCAUUAUGCGCUUAAUGAGCCAUGUUAUACACAUUUUACAUCACCUAUUCGUCGAUAUGCUGAUGUCGUUGUGCAUCGUUUAUUGGAAGCUGCAUUAGAGUUUGAAAAGAAACAAACAAAUGGAAAAGUAUCCAAUUGCCCAUAUAAUAAAAAGAUGAUUCAAAAGAUAACGUUUGGAUGUAAUACAAGAAAGGAUGCAGCUAAGAAUGCACAAGAUAAUAGUAGUCUUCUUUAUCUUAGUAAAUAUCUCUCAAUGGUAGAAAGACGAGAUGGACCGAUUUAUAAAAAAGCCGAUGUUAUAGUAGUCUCUAAAGAAACUUUUGAUAUUUAUUUACCCGAAUAUGGUCUUGAAAAGCGAAUUUAUCUCAAAGAAUUACCAGUAGAUGAAUUUCAUUUUGAUAAAAAUACUCUAGCUCUAGAUAUUCAUUGGAAGCGUGGAGUACCUGUGACGAUGCAUAAUGAAGAGAAAAUUUAUGCACAAGAAAGAGAACGACAAGAUGAAGAAGAAGAAGAUGAUGACGAAGAAGAAGAUGAUGACGAAGAAGAAGACGAAGUGAAAGAUAGUCUUCAAGCACUUAGUUUAAAGGAGUCAGAUCCUAACAAACAUAUGAAAGCAGAUGAUUUGAUCCCGCCUGUUAUAUUAGAUGAAGUAACAUGUUUACAACGUAUUCAAAUGUUUUCAAAUAUUGAUGUUAGAAUUCAAAUUAAUGAUAAGCGGUCUCCUCCAAUUAUCAAUAUAUAUCCUGUGAAUCCAUUUUCUGGUGAAGAAGAAACAUAACUUGUUUUACAUGAAAAUAUUAAAAACAAAAAAGCUAUUAUUAUUUAUAUCAACUGAAAAAGGUAUACAAGAUAAGAAGCCGCAAUAAAAGAAAUAUUUUAUCAUAAUUACAGA